UAAAUUACUAAGAUGAUGUUUUUACUAGUCAUCAAAAGAUUACUGUCUUCUUCAUAAACAACUACUACUGCAAGAAAUGACUUAAAAAAUUUUACAUACUAAUCCAACAAUAAGCUACAAAAGAUUGCUGGCAAUUAUGCAGACCCCCCUUCUCCUCUUCUUGGCUACACUUCAACUAUUCCAAAUCAAUACAAUUACAUGUAAUGGUGAUAAAGAUUUACUUAACAUUACAACUGUUCUGGUUUUUGGAGAUUCAUCUGUCGACACGGGGAACAACAAUUACCUGACCACCUUUGUCAAGGCAAACCAUAAUCCCUAUGGCCAAAAUUUUCCGGGACAAGUUCCCACAGGCAGGUUUUCAGAUGGAAAGUUAGUGCCCGAUCUCCUAGUCUCGACACUAGGAAUCAAGGAAACAAUUCCGCCAUUCCUGCAACCAAAUUUAUCCCGCUUUGAACUGAUCUCUGGUGUAAACUUCGCGUCAGCUGGAGCUGGAUACGAUGAUUUUACAGGUUCAAUCUUUGAUGUGAUCCCCUUGUCGCAACAAUCAGGGUAUUUGAGGCAAUAUUUUGAGAAACUUGUGAGCCUCGUAGGGGAAGAAGAGGCUCGGAUAAUAAUUAGUAGAGCCCUGGCUCUAAUUAGUGCAGGGACUAAUGAUUUUCUUUUUAAUUAUUAUACCAUGCCAAUAAGAGAGCUUCAGUUCAAUAUCAGCAGCUACCAGAACUUUGUGCAGACGAGGCUCAAAAGCUUCCUGCAAGAAUUGUACAGUCUUGGACUGCGGAUCAUGGUUGUAACGGGGCUUCCACCCAUAGGCUGUUUGCCAUUUCAAAGGGCUCUUGCGAGGGAGGUGAUCAAUGGAUGUUUACAGAAUCAAAAUCAGGAUUCUAUAUUAUAUAAUGACAAGCUCAAAAAAUUAUUGCAGAAUACGCAGAAAGAUCUUCAAGGGAGUAGACUUGUUUAUUCUGAUAUCUACAAACCAAUUAUGAAGAUGAUUGACAAUCCCCAGAAAUAUGGUAGAUUUGUGGAAACGAGAAGGGGGUGUUGCGGGACAGGAAUAUUUCUGGAAGCAGGACCUUUGUGCACCGCAACAGCUUCAAUGUGCUCAAACUCUUCAAAGUACUUAUUUUUUGAUAGUGUUCAUCCCGGGCAAGAAGCAUAUCAGUUCAUUUUCAAGUACUCGUAUCAAACGCUGGUUCAAAGAUACUUAAAGAACUCGACUGAGGAAGACUACCACAUUCAUGAUCCAAAAUAGUUUAGAUUAUAGAAUAGAGGAGAAUUUGUAUUAAUAUUUUGCAGACAAAUUGGCAUAAGCUAAAGUUCUAGAUAUCACCCGUAGAGAUAGGUUCAAGUUAGACAUAACAGAUGUUACCAACUAUUCUUCUUUAAGUUGUAGACAGAGCAAGUUUACAUAAUUCCUUUUGUUGGAGGAUGAAGCUGCUGCUAAUUCAGGGAAGGGGGUCUGAGAAAUGAUACUAUCUUUACAAUUUCCGGUAAAUACAUGAAAAACAGCCUUGGGAUUUACUGUCCCUCUUGAAACUGAACUGCAUAGUACCUACAUGAUUCUGAUUCAACCAACUCAAGCUUUACAAUGCUGAUCAUACUAUAUUUAUAUGUUGGAAAAUUCAUAUUCACAUUUUCCAGGAUUCACUUUUAUUUAAAUUUUUAUGGCUAAUGGGAUGGUUAACUAAAAAGGCAAAAAGAAUUAACCUGGGUUAAUGCCCCAUUACCAAAAAGUAUUAACCUGUGCAAAACCUUGCUAUACACUUCAAAUAAGUUAAUGCCCCAUUACCAAAAAGGCAAAGAGUAUUAACCUGGGUUAAUUUACCUCUAGUUAUUAUUUUUAAUCAAAUUAAAAGACUCAGCUAUUGUCUGAAAAAAUUUCGAUUUAACUGUUGGUACAGAUAAAACUGAGGGGAAAUGAAAAAUACCGUUCCAUAAACUAUAAAGGGAGAACCAAGUAUGAGAAGAUGACAUGUCAGCAAGAAAUAAAUAUCGGUCAUGUUUGCUCCUCCAUUUUAUUUAAAUUUCGGAAAAAACAUGUAAUAUGAAUUUUUAAUAUCUUAUUUGCAGAAAUUAAUCAUUUAUUUCUGGAAAAAAAAAUACACUAUUCAUGUCAAAUAAGUAAUUUAUUUCCAAAAAAUAAAUAAGUCAAACAGCAGUAGAAAUUUUUCUUUAUCUAAAACUACUAUAGGUAGAACACUAGGACCU